CUCGGUACGGGUGGGUUGAAAGGAUGACAAGAUGGCGACCGCGAUGUACCUGGAGCAUUACCUGGAUAGUAUUGAAAAUCUUCCCUGUGAACUUCAGCGGAUCUUCCAUCUGAUGCGGGACCUGGACCAGAGAACUGAAGAUAAAAAAGUAGAGAUUGACAAAUUGGCAACUGAAUAUAUCUCAAACGUGAAGGACCUGUCUCCAGAUCAACGUGUUGAUCAACUGAAGAAGAUUCAGCUUGCCUACAAUAAAUGCAGAGAAUACAGCGAUGACAAAGUGCAAUUAGCAAUGGAGACGUAUGAAAUGGUUGAUAAACACAUCAGACGGCUGGAUGCUGAACUGGCCAGAUUUGAAGCUGAUCUGAAGGAAAAGUUGGAAUCAAGCGAUUAUGACAGCUCAGGAGGGAGAGGCAAUAAGAAGAGCAGAGGCCAGAAAGACAAGAGGGGGUCUCGGGGUCGUGGCAGACGUGCAUCUGAUGAUGAUAUACCAAAGAAAAAGAAGCAGAAAGCAGGGCCAGAAUACACUGAUUCCGUUUUGAAAAUGCACCCAUCCGAUGUGUUGGACAUGCCAGUUGAUCCCAAUGAACCCACCUACUGUCUUUGUCACCAGGUUUCUUAUGGAGAAAUGAUUGGCUGUGAUAACCCAGAUUGCCCAAUUGAGUGGUUUCACUUUGCCUGUGUGGACCUUGCAACAAAACCAAAAGGAAAAUGGUUCUGUCCACGAUGUACCCAGGAAAGGAAAAAGAAGUGAGGCUACUCCCUCCUUACUUGCCUCCACAUUGUGUUUUUUGUUCUUGUGUCUUCAAAUUGUUGCAAUUUUGUUUAACCUUCCCUAAUUUGUGUAUGGGGUGG